AUGACUGCGGAGGGUAAGGAUGCUGAUGCCCGAACUAGUAGCUCCAAUGAUGUGGAGAUGAGUAUAGAGAAUGAUUCUGCUUUGAGAAAUUCAGAAGACCUCACUACACAAGAACUAUUUUCAAAGGAGCAUAAUAAUCUAAGGGAAAGUCGAGGGGAGUGGAUGAAAAAAACUGCUGAGUCUUGUACGCUAAUUUCAACUGUCAUUGCUACUGGAGUUUUCACUGCUGCAACUAGUUUACCAGGAGGAACUAAUGAUGACAUAGGAAAACCUAACUAUUUAUCGAACACAUCAUUUUUGGUGUUUGCAAUAUCAGAUGCAUUGGCACUCAUCUCAUCUUCAACGGUAAUAUUGAUCUUCUUGUCUAUUCUUGUCUCACGCUAUAGAGAGUAUGAUUUUAAUAAAUCAUUGCCUUUAAAGCUAAUAUUUGGAUUGAUCACGUUAUUCAUCUCUAUCGCAAGCAUGAUGGUAGCAUUUAGCAGUGCCUUCUUCAUUAUAUACUAUCAUGGUUUUAAGUGGGUUCCUAGUUCCAUUGCAAUACUUUCUUCCAUCCCGAUACUUUUGUACAUAUGUUUGCAGUUUUCACUAUUUUCAAAUAUUAUUUACCCAAGCUACUAUUGGAGGAAGAUAUCUAUGUCUGGUAAAAACAUGCUUGAUGUACUCAAGAAGUAA